UACUCUCUUUGUAUCUGCGUAGACAGAAAGGUUUGAAGAGCAGCUUCGCCUUUGAGGAAAGCUCAUUGACCCCUCAAACCCUAAUUCCUCGAUUUUUUGCGCUAGGGUUCUUCCACCUUUGCCCCCUCAAAAUGGCGGAUUCUCCUCGCAGAAGGUAUUCACGAUCCCCUUCUCCAUGGAGAGCUCAGUCCAGAUCCAGAUCCAGGUCCAGGUCUAUGUCCAGGCCUAGGUCAAGAUCAAGAUCCUGGUCUAGGCCGAGGCACAGGUCUAGAAGUCGUGGCAGGUCAAGAUCCAGAAGUCGUGGAAGGGAUGCUGUUGUAAAUCCUGGAAAUACACUCUAUGUGACUGGCCUAUCUCAAAGGGUCUCUGAAAAGGACGUUGAAAGGCACUUUUCAAAGGAGGGAAAGGUAGCUUCAUGUUUUCUUGUUGUUGAACCUCGUUCGCGAAUUUCCCGUGGUUUUGCCUUCGUUACAAUGGAUUCUAAUGAAGAUGCGGAACGGUGCAUUAAACAUCUCAACCAGUCAGUUCUGGAAGGGCGAUACAUAACUGUGGAAAGGUCCCGGAGGAAGCGACCAAGGACUCCGACACCUGGGCAUUAUCUCGGAUUGAAAAAUACUAGGGACUAUGAAGCCCGUGGUGACCGUGACCGUGACCGUGAUCGUGGGAGGUACCGUGGGGGCUCGGGUCGAGAUGACUAUGGAUAUAGGAGGUCUCCUAGACGCUCACCCUACAGAGGUGGUCGUGAUUAUUCUCCUAGGGGCUCAACUUAUGGUGGUGGAAGAUCAAGAAGGGAGAGGUCUUAUUCACCCUAUGGCAGUCCAGAAAGGAAAUACACUCGUGGCUCUAGAUGAAGGUUAUAUAUGGCCUUAUAGGUUUAGGUAUUUCCUGUUUGAGAAAGUGAUAAACUUGGGGUAAUAUUGUGGAGAUGUAAUGAUCUGUGAUUUGGAGUCGGAUUUUCCUCGCCUUCUUUUUAAACUUGUAGGAGUUCUUGUUCUUGACCUUCAAAGUAUUGGGAUUGAUUUAAUAGUUUGAUAUA